CGUUUGCAUUUUAGAGACCUAUCAGAGCCAUUGAAACUUCUGGGGUGCAUACCUAUUCACGGUAGAGAUCUUAUAGAACCUGCUCAAGAUCGAACAAGUGAGUAUUACAAAGAGAUUUUUCGCAUCGGAAAACAACUCCGAUUAACUGAGGGUAUUAUGGUUAAUACCUUCAUGGAAUUGGAAGGAAGUGCUAUAAAAGCUUUCGAAGAAGAAGUAGGAAAAAUCUCACUUUAUCCAGUUGGACCCAUCAUGCAAAUUGGUUCAAGCAAUCAGGUUGAUAGGUCUGAUUGUUUAAGAUGGUUGGACAAUCAGCCAAGGGAGUCUGUCCUAUUUGUUUGUUUUGGUAGUGGUGGAACUCUCUCUUAUAACCAAAUGACUGAGCUAGCCUUAGGAUUGGAAUUGAGUGGCCAAAAGUUCUUAUCGGUGGUAAGAAGUCCAAAUGAAUCAGCAAAUGCUGGGUACCUUAAUGACCAAAGCCAUGACAAGAGCCCUCUUGCUUUCUUACCAAAAGGGUUUGUAGAGAGGGCCAAAGGGCAGGGUCUGAUGGUGCCUUCUUGGGUACCACAAGCCCAAGUGCUUAGCCACAGCUCCACUGGUGGGUUCUAAUUAAGUCACUGUGGUUGGAAUUUGACCCUGGAAAGUAUCAUGCAAGCAAUACCAUUUAUUACAUGGCCGUUUUUUGCAGAACAAAAAAUGAAUACAGUAUUAUUAGCUGAGGAUCUAAAAGUGGCGUUGAGACCUAAAGCUAACGAGAAAGGUUUAGCGGACCGAGAGGAAAUUGCAAAAGUAGUAAAGGAUCUUAUAGUCGGAGAAGGAGGCAAGAAAGUUCAUAAGCAUAUAAAAGACUUAAAGAUUGCCGCUGAGAAAGCACUAAGUGUAGAUGGGUCUUCUACUAGGGCACUCUCUGCAUUAGCAUCCCAAUGGAAAAAUCAACCUUCCUUUUAG